AUGACAAGACCAAAACGUGGAGGAAAGAAAAAUACUAAGCAGAAGAAAGGAAAGGAUGAUUUGUCAGCACAUGGAAACGAGACUGAUCAUCCUGCACAGGAGAAUGAGACUGAUCAUCUGUCAGCGACAUCUCAGGAAUGCCAACCAUUGCCACCUGAUGUGCUAUACUUCAAGAACACCGAGUUCACCAAGACAUGCAAGAUACAGAGCAAGUGCUAUGUGAGUAACACAGUGGCUACCAUCAAGACGCUUAAGCAUGAGUUGAAGUGGUUCGAGAACCACCCUCAGUUUUGUCAUAUUUUCCACAUGCCCGAUGAACCAUACUUGAAGCUGCUGGGUGUGUGGAUGCUUCUAUUGCGAACCAUUCCCUUAGUAGAGGGAGAGGACACAUCUUGGUUUGCGGUUAAUGGUGUGCCCAUCCGGUAUUCCAUCAGAGAGCAUGCACUCAUCUCAGGUUUGAACUGCAGUGGAUACCCGGAUAAGUACGAGGAGUUGGGGAGCUAUGAGUUUGUAGAUAGGCAUUUUGUGUCACACAAAGCGAUAACCAUGAAAUCUGUUGAAGAGAAGCUGUUGAGCAUGAGAGCGUGUGGGGAUCGACUCAGGAUGGUGGUGCUCUACUUCUUGGGCACUGUUAUCAGAGGGAGGGGAAGAGAACAUGUAGCCGGUUGUCUUGCUAACUGUCCAAGGAUGUGCAAGUGGUGGUUCCAAAGUAACAGCAUGAAGGGUUAUCCACUUGAGGAUUUGUACAAUGCACUUGGAAAAACGAAGGUGAUUAAAAGUGUUUUGGCUCCUACUAUUGAUGAAGAAACUCUCAUGGCGGGUAUAAUGGAGGACGAGCCAGACUAUGAAAAUGAAGAUGGACCAAGUAAUUUGUGGAGCUCAUGGCUUACUGUUAAGGAGAAGCCUAUCUGGUGGAAAGAUCUCUAUGAGUUAGAUGUGGCUGCAAGGAAAUUUCCUACGAAGAAAGACAAAAGGAAGGUGAAUGAAGAAGCAUCCUCCUCUAAUGCAAGUUUGGAGGACGUUUAA